AUGGACUUGAGUAGAGAACCCUUAUCAAUCAAGCUGGUAGUCAUUGGGGAUGGUAGUGUUGGCAAGACCUGCAUUUUGCUAAGUUACACUACGGAUAAAUUUCCAACUGAGUAUGUUCCCACUGUUUUUGAGAAUUACAUCACAUCUGUUUCUCUUGAUGGAAAACAAAUUAAUUUAAGUCUUUGGGAUACUGCUGGCUAGGAAACUUAUGAUAAACUUAGAACCUUAUCUUAUUCAUAGGCCGAUUGGAUAAAUCAUCAUUUGAUAAUGCGAAAAAUAAGUGGUACCCAGAAUUAAGGCCAAGGAGAUUUAAAGAAUAUACCAAAACUUGUAGUGGGCAAUAAGAUAGAUUGUAGAAAUGAAAUAUCCUAAAAGCAUGUAAAAUUUGAAGAAGCUUCUGAGGAAUUUAAAUCCUAAAAUUUAGUUUACAAAGAAUGCUCAGCUUUGACCUAGGAAGGUUUAAAGGAGUUAUUUGAAGAGGCUAUAAAAUAGGGAUAUGAACAUAAAUAAAAGAAUCCAUAAACUUUGAAAAAUUAGAACUAAAAGGAUCGAGUCGAAGAUAAAUAAGAAAACUGUUGCUGCAACGCUUUUUGA